AGUACAAUAAAAUCGUUAUGUCCGAUAUAUCAUGAUUGUCAAUUUAAAAAAUAUAACACAUUUGUGCAUAUUAAAAUAUUACGAAUAGAAAAAUGUUAUAUUAAAUUACAUACAUCAUAAAUGUCAUAGGAAGCUUAAUUAAUUUCAGCUUUGGCUUAAAGACUAUCGUACAAUAAACGCCAAAUGAAUUAUUAUACGAAAUAUUAUAUGCAUGAUCCGUUAUUGUCAUUUAAAAUAAUUUAAAGAAUGUCGGAUAUAAAGCACCAACAAUCGAAAAUAUCAUCACGACAUUUAUUUGAAGAUCAGGUUGAUUUAACUCUACAAGUAAUACAGAAAUCACCUUCAGAGAUUAAUGAAAUUAAUGUCUUCGAUUAUUUACACGACUAUGUAAAUAAACUUGAGACUAAAGAUUCAGGAAUAUAUUUAUCCUCUUCAAAUAUUGAAUUACAGUUAAAGAACACGCAUACACAAAAAAAUAAUGAUUACACAAACAAUAAUGAAGUUGAUUCUAUAGAAGUUGAAAAUAUUUCUUUACAGAAUAUAUCAAAUUCUCAAAAUGAAUUAAGAUUAAAAUGCACAGAACAAAAUCAUUUAAAAAUGAAAAAUGAAUCUGUGACUCAUUUAAAUGAGAAAAAUACUGAUAAUAUUAAAUUAAUAAAAAUUAAUAAUGCGGUUGAUACAGAAGAUGUAAAAAGUGAUAAUAUUCCUAUUAAAAUAAAAAAGACUUUUAUAUUUGAAAAAAAUAUUUUUGCUCAAAUGAAAGACAAAUCACAUAAUUUAGAAGUUAAGAAUGAAAAUUUAAAUGAUGAAAAUAAUGAUCCUGAAACUAAAUUUUCAGCAUCAACUAGUCAAUCUAAAAAAAUCAAUAGUUUAGUUAUGUUGAACAAACAAAUUAAAACAUGUAGUCAAUGUUCAAUGACAUUUAGAUACAAAAGACAUUUAGAUCGGCAUUUGGAAGGUCAUCAAAAAAACAAUUGUUCUCACUGCAAUGCAAAAUUUGCCAGGCGUAAACAUCUUGAUAUACACUUAUUUCGUUCACACGGUGAAAGAGUAACAAAACAUCCACAUUCUUGUGAUGUAUGUUCUCGGAGUUUUCCUAAACGUAUUUUAUUAAAUCGUCAUCGUGCAAAACACAACUAUGAAAAUGGCAAAGUUUGUUCAGAUUGUGGAAAAAUGUUGAAAGCAGAAGAAGAUGACAAGGAACACAAAGAAAAUCAUUGUACAAAGAAACAAUUUAAAUGUAAAAGAUGCUUACAAACAUUUAGUAUUGAACAAACAUAUAUAGCUCAUAUUCAAAAUCAUGAUAAUCAUAAAUGUUCAAAAUGUGAUGUCACUUUUGCCUCCAAAAAAAAAGUGCAUGAGCAUUAUAAAAUGGUACACUCCUCAAAAUUGAAUCAUAAUAAAAUAUCAAAUAAUGGUAUAUAUUUUUGUGCUGACUGCAGACAUACUUUUUUAAAAAAAGAUGAUUAUUCUCGUCAUUUAGAUUCUACAUCACAUUUUAAUAAAGUAAACCAAGAAAUAUCUCAAAGAGACAUUUUUACGUGUCUAAUUUGUUCUAAGAAAUUAAUUUCACAGAGAGCUCUUGAUCAACAUGUUAGACGUAUACAUAAAGAAGAAAAAAAAUUUACAUGCAAUAUAUAUGGUUGCACAUUUCAGUGUGCAAGAAAAUCAGACUUGGAUAGGCAUAAACAGUUACAUGUAGAACAAAGAAAUAUCGUAUGUGAACAAUGUGGUAAAACUUUUACUAGUGUUAGUAUUCUUAAUGAUCAUGUUCUUUAUAUACACAAUAAGGAAAGACAAUUUAUAUGUGAAGAAUGUGGUAAAGCAUUUAAACGAAAUAGUUUAUUAAAAAGACAUAAAUUAUCUCAUCAGCAAUAUCGACCAUUCGCUUGUAUGCAGUGCAAUACUGCUUUCAAAAGGUCCCAUCAUCUUUCUCGUCAUAUGGAAACUUGUCACAGAAUUACACUUGAACGAAAAAAGAAGGUCGUAAAACUUAUGCAAACAGAAGAUGGUCAUCUUGUUCCAAUACCAGAAAAACCAAAACCCCUUAAACCUAAAAAAUUAAAAAUUAAAACAGGACCUAAUGUACUUUUGUCAUCAGAUGAAAAAAUUCCAUCUCCUCAAGACAUGGAUAUAAAUAAACAUUCUGAUUCAUAUUUAGGAACACAAAUAUUACCCACAUCUAAUGACUUGUGCGAAAAUUCAUCAUUGCCAUUAGAAUCUACAAAUUUAUUUUCGAAUCCAGAUUUUACUUCACAGGUUCUUUCAUUAGUAGAUAUUAAUUCAGAACAAAUUGUCACUGUAGAAGUUACUAGCCCAAAAACAUUAAUAAUGAAUGAUCUUAUAGAUCAAUUUGAAAUAAAUUGCAAUGAAAUAUUGAAUUUAACAAAUUAUCAAGAUUUGGAACUUCAACAUGGAAUUUUAAAUACAGAUCAAAAUUUGUAUGAUCAUACAAAUUAUUCUGAAUUAUCAUUAGGAACUGUUGAAGAAACAUCUUUCGUGGAUUCAAAUAUUAACAAAGUAGAUACUUUACCAAUAGAAAACUAUUUAAAUCAAUCAUUUUCAUCAUUUUUAAAUUUUUAAUUACAAUUGUAAAAUAUUUAGCUUAUAAGCUAAAGAAUUGCUUAUAUUUAUGGAUACAAAAUUAUAAAAUUAACAUAAUUUAUAAAUGUUUAUAAAAAGUACAUGAAACUGCCUAA